AUGAAGCUUAACUCUGUGACGGCUCUCGUAGCCUCGUGCCUUGUCGGAUCCGCGUUGGCCGCACCUCGUUUAGAGACGAGAGAUGAAGACAAAUUCAACCAAGGCCUACCAAUUAGUAAGACUGGGAAAGGAGGCCCAAUUAGUGGCGGUACCAACCACGAACUUGACUUGCAGAACCCCGAUAAUCUUGGGCGACAAUCAACUGAUAAUGGUAUCGUUCCAAACUUGAAGUGGAGCUUUUCCGACUCCAAGACAAGACUUCUCAAAGGUGGCUGGGUUCGAGAGCAGGUCAUCCAAGAUCUACCUCAGAGUCACGACAUUUCGGGAGCCCAGCAGCACUUGAAGAAAGGUGCUAUCAGAGAACUCCACUGGCACAGAGUUGCCGAGUGGGCGUUCGUAUACAAAGGUCGCAUCCUCGUCUCUGCGGUCGAUGAGAAUGGCAAAUACCAGGCCGAAGAGCUCAACUAUGGCGAUAUUUGGUACUUUCCCAAGGGUGUCGCCCAUACUGUACAAGGCCUUGAGGAUGAAAACGAGUUCCUGCUGGUCUUUGACGAGGGAGAUUUCGACAAAGUCGGCACCACGUUCAACAUUGAUGACUGGCUGGCGCAUACGCCGAAGGACAUUCUUGCAAAGAAUUUUGGCGUACCUGAAUCCGUCUUUGAUAACAUCCCUACACCUAAUCCGUACAUCCUGAAUGCCACUGUCAGCGAGAGGAACGUCACAGGUGCAGUUACGCCCGUCGCUUCUGGCAACAGUUCGUUCGUGUAUCGCACUCUAGAGCAUCCCGCCGAGAAGAUUGGCGGAAAAGGAGGCGUCUUCCGUAAAAUUGAUUCGACCAAUUUUCCGAUUUCGAAGACGAUUGCUGCAACAUUCGUAACCCUCAAACCUGGUGGUUUGCGAGAACUCCACUGGCACCCUAACGCUGAAGAAUGGCUGUAUUUCCAUCAGGGAACUGCGCGGGCUACUGCAUUUAUUGGCAACGCCAACGCCAGGACUUUUGACUUUAGAGCAGGUGACACCGCCGUCUUCCCCGACAACUCUGGACACUAUAUUGAGAACACCUCCAAGACCGAAGACCUCAUCUGGAUUGAGAUCUACAAGUCUGACCACGUGGCCGACAUUCCUCUUACCCAAUGGCUCGCCCUUACACCACCUGAUGUUGUCUCACAGGCCCUUAAGGUCCCUAUUGAGUUUGUUGAGAAGCUCAAGAAGGAGAAGCAAGUUUUUGUCGAAUAG